ACAUACAAGAAUUAAAUUCUGAAUAAGUCUACAGGUAGGAUGGACAGUUAUUUCAAAGCAGCUGUUAGUGACUUGGACAAACUCCUUGAUGAUUUUGAGCAGAACCCAGAUGAACAAGAUUAUCUUCAAGAUGCACAAAAUGCAUAUAAUUCUAACCCCUGUUCAGUUUCUUCAGAGUUGGCUUCUUCACAGCUCACUUCACUGCUAGCAAAGGACCAACAAUGCUUGAAUAGUUGUGCUUCAUCAGAAACAUGCUGUAAAACAAAUGAGAUUUUCCUGAAUGAAAAAACACCUGAGGAACCGACUUCUAUACAGAAUGAAAAAAAUGUAACUGGACUUGAUCUCCUUUCUUCUGUGGAUGGCAAUACUUCAGAUGAAAUCCAGCCUUUAUAUAUAAGAGGAUGUAGUAAACCUGUCUGUGACCUGAUAAGUGACAUGGGUAACUUAGUUCAUGCAACUAAUAGUGAAGAAGACAUUAAAAAAUUACUGCCAGAUGACUUUAAGUCUAGUGUAGAUUCUUUGAUUGAAUUGGAUUCAGCUUCAGUUUUAGGUACUCUUUCUGUUUCUUCAACAGACCAUGGUAGUAAUACUGUUAGAGAAAAACAGAAUAAUGUCAACUCUGAAUUACAAAGUAGAGAAAUUCAUGGAACCAAAGGGUUGGGCAUAAAAGUAGAUAAAACACUUUCAGAGUCUUGUAAAUACAAUGGAGUAGAAAUUUUGAAGGACAAAAAGAUCUCUAACCAGUUAGAACUAGUUGUUGACUUUGACAAGUCAUCUGUUUUCACUCAGCAAAGUUCUAACAUAUUUGAUGUCAAAGAUAACCCACAGAGUAGGAGCCUGCCAUGUGAAUUAUUAGAAGAUGAUGGCUGUUUAGUAAAAGAGGAGGUAGAUGUGGCAGUUACAAGUGCCACAGAAUGUUUAGAAGAAGGAGGCAGCACGAGUACUUUACCUGGCAGUCUUCCAACUAAUGAAGGUUUAUGCCUAAAUGACUCAAAUUCAAGAGAAGAAAAAUCCAAAUUACCUGACUUUUCAUUUGAGGAAGAUAGAACUGCUGUGUUUAUAAAACAAUCUGCAAAAGAAUACUCACAAAAUUUAGACCUUAAAGAUAAUAACAGUAGAACCCAAGAGUGCUCUUCAACUUUACAAGAUUCAAGUGAAGGUAUACACUCUUCCUUGUCCUGCCUUCCAUUAUCUGGGACUUUGUGUGGAUCAUUAAUUGACAGUAAGGCACAGGAUGAUGUUUUACCUCUGAAUGAAUCUAAAGAUCAUGAAGAAGAGGCAGUGACUACGCAUGAAGAAAACCAGAAGAGUUCUGUUCUAGAUGGGGAGCCCUUCAGGGAGACCAAUCUUUUGAAAAAGGAAAAAUGCAAAGCCAUACUUCUUCAGCCAGUAAAUGAAAAGAAGGGGGAAGGAAAGGUUGAACCUGAGCAGAUGAUAAUCAGAGUUGAAUCAUUGGAGUACCCUGAUAACACCAAUUCUAUAGCUGAAGAAUCUCAGGCAGAGCUCCCUGGUGCUAAUGGCCUAGAGUCUCCUGACCGUUGUGAAGGUCUCACUUUUUCAAGCAGUGAUAUGGAUGGGCAAGACUUAGAUUAUUUUAAUAUUGAUGAAAGCAUGAAAAGUAGCACACUAAUUAGUGACGCUGAACUUGAUGCUUUUCUGACGGGACAAUAUCUUCAGACCACUAACAUAAAGUCUUUCGAAGAAAAUGUAAGUGAUUCAAAAUCUCAAAUGAGUCAGGAAGAUAUGGAAGGCUUACAUGAUAGAAAUGUCAAUGACUUAUAUUUCAAUGCUGACGCAGGAGCUACUGGAGAAAGUGAUGAUGGUAAUAUGAAUUAUGAAACAGUUGAUAAACAGAAUACAACAGAAAAUGGUGGCCUAUCUGCAGGGAAAAAAAGCAUAAUUCCAAUUGAACAAGGGUUACCUACUAGUAAGUCUGACAUAAAUGAAUUACCAGUCUCUGAUAUUAACAGUCAGUCUAUUCAUGUUGGAGGGGCUAGACCUAAGCAACUGCUUAGCCUUCCAUCAAGAACAAGGAGUUCCAAGGAAGUUAAUAACCCAGAUGUUCCAAAAAUGCUAGAAAGUGAACCCAGCAUAGCAAAUACCUUGGCUCCAACCACUUGUACUGCGGAUCCUGCAAAUGAUCCUCAGAUUAGCUUCAACUCUAAUUACAUUGAUAUAGAAAGUAAUUUUGAAAGUGGGUCCAGUUUUGUAGCUGCAAAUGAGGACUCUCUGCCUGAAAACACUUGCAAAGAAGGAUUGGUUUUGGGCCAGAAGCAACCGACUUGGGUUCCUGAUUCAGAAGCUCCAAACUGUAUGAAAUGCCAAGUCAAAUUUACUUUUACAAAACGGCGACACCACUGCCGAGCAUGUGGAAAAGUAUUUUGUGGUGCCUGUUGUAAUAGGAAAUGUAAACUUCAGUAUCUAGAAAAGGAAGCAAGAGUAUGUGUAAUCUGCUAUGAGACUAUUAAUAAAGCUCAGGCAUUUGAAAGAAUGAUGAGUCCAACUGGUUCUAGUCUUAAAUCUAAUUCUGAUGAAUAUGCCACUGUUCAGCCACUUCAGGAGACCCAAGCAUCCAGUAUACCUUCACCUACAGUGUUGCCUGUCUCAGCACUCAAACAUCCAAGUGUUGAAGGACUGUGCUCCAAAGAACAGAAGAGAGUGUGGUUUGCAGAUGGCAUAUUGCCUAAUGGUGAAGUUGCAGACACAACAAAAUUAUCAUCUGGAAGUAAAAGAUGUUCUGAAGAUUUUAGCACUGUCUUACCCGAUGUGCCAGUGACUGUAAAUACAGGGAAUCAUACUCAUUCUACAACGGUGGGAAACCCAAACAACGAAAUAGGAGACAUUACAAGAAAUGAGAUAAUUCAGAGUCCUAUUUCUCAUGUUUCAUCUGUGGAAAAAUUGCCUAUAAACAUAGGAACUGAAGGGUUACCAAUUUCUGGUUCUUUUAUUCUAGAUGAUGAUGUUUUUGCAGAAAUUGAGGGGCCAUCUAAUCCAACUGGUGUCAUACUUAACAGCAAUUUAGCUGUUGCUAGUAUUUCAGAUUAUAGGUUAUUGUGUGCUGUUGACAAGUAUGUUCGUAAUAAGAUUAGUCUUCUACCUGACGAUGAGGACAGUUUGCCUCCGCUUUUGGUUGCAUCCAGAGAAGAGGGAUCAGUGUCUGUAGUACAAGAACAGCCAUCUCACGAGCAGAUCAUGUUGCUUCUUGAAGGUGAAGAGUUUCAUCCUGUCACAUUUGUCCUAAAUGCUAACCUACUUGUGAAUGUCAAACUAGUAUUAUAUUCCUCAGAUAAAUAUUGGUAUUUCUCAACCAAUGGAUUGCAUGGCUUGGGACAAGCAGAAAUUAUUAUCCUGUUGUUAUGUUUGCCAAAUGAAGAUACAGUUCCUAAGGACAUCUUCAAACUUUUCAUCACCAUGUAUAAGAAUGCUCUAAAAGGAAAAUACAUAGAAAACUUGGACAAUAUCACUUUUACUGAGAGUUUUCUCAAUAGCAAGGAUCAUGGAGGAUUUCUGUUUAUUACACCUACUUUUCAGAAACUUGAUGAUCUCCCCUUACCAAGUAGUCCUUUUCUUUGUGGAAUUCUCAUCCAGAAGCUGGAGAUUCCUUGGGCCAAAGUUUUUCCUAUGCGUUUAAUGUUGAGAUUGGGAGCUGAAUAUAAAGCAUAUCCUGUUCCUCUAACAAGCAUUAGGGGCCGAAAACCUCUCUUUGGAGAAAUAGGACACACUAUUAUGAACUUACUUGUGGACCUUCGAAACUACCAGUAUACUUUGCAUAAUAUAGACCAACUACUGAUUCAUAUGGAAAUGGGGAAAAGCUGUAUAAAAAUACCUCGGAAGAAAUACAGUGAUGUAAUGAAAGUAAUAAAUUCUUCUAAUGAACAUGUCAUUAGCAUUGGAGCUAGUUUUAGUACAGAAGCAGAUUCUCAUCUAGUCUGUGUACAGAAUGACGGAGUUUAUCAAACACAAGCCAACAGUGCUACUGGCCAUCCUAGAAAAGUGACAGGUGCAAGUUUUGUGGUAUUCAAUGGUGCUCUAAAAACAUCAUCAGGAUUUCUUGCUAAGUCCAGCAUAGUUGAAGAUGGCUUAAUGGUUCAAAUAACUCCAGAGACCAUGGAUGCCUUGCGGCUAGCUCUACGAGAGCAAAAGGACUUUAAAAUUACUUGUGGGAAAGUUGAUGCAGUAGACCUGAGAGAAUAUGUGGAUAUCUGCUGGGUAGAUUCUGAAGAAAAAGUAAAUAAAGGUGUUAUCAGUUCAGUGGAUGGAAUAUCAUUACAAGGAUUUCCAAGUGAAAAAAUAAAACUUGAAACAGAUUUUGAAACUGAUGAGAAGAUUGUAAAAUGUACUGAGGUGUUCUAUUUUCUAAAGGACCAGGAUUUAUCUACUUUGCCAACUUGUUAUCAGUUUGCAAAAGAAAUAGCCAUGGCUUGUAGCGCUGCACUGUGCCCCCACCUGAAAACUCUAAAGAGUAAUCGAAUGAAUAAAAUUGGACUCAGAGUUUCCAUUGACACUGAUAUGGUUGAAUUUCAGGCAGGAUGUGAAGGCCAGCUUCUGCCACAGCAUUACCUAAAUGAUCUCGAUAGUGCUCUGAUACCUGUGAUCCAUGGUGGGACAUCGAAUUCUAGUUUACCAUUAGAAAUAGAGUUAGUAUUUUUCAUUAUAGAAAACCUUUUUUAGUGAAAUGAUAUGCUGUAUUUUAUAUUGCAAACUGAUCUUUUAAACUUAUUCUAGUACUAAAGCUGAAAUGCCACAAACACAAAUUUGAUGAUUAAAACAUACAAGCUUUGCUUUGUAGGCAGGAAUAAUCUUAAGAAUUUAAGGAAUCUACAGUUUUUGAAGCUUUCCACCUAACACAGGUAUUAAAAUAACAAGGAUUUCUUCUGCCUUUAAGAAAUUUGUAGCAUUUAUUGUGUUAUCUAAAUAUUAAGCCAAAGUAUCUGCGCUUAGUUGUACCUCUUUAUGACAACAGUGAUCUUAAUGAAGGCUCUUUUCAGAUGUGACCUUAUGAAGGAGUAUCUGUUUUGUGUAUAUGCCAGUUAGAAUUCUGGUUUCUAAACUCUGUUAAAAAUGUAUUCCAAUGGCACAGAGCAGUUUCAAGAUCUUAGACAUAAUUCUUUGAAUAAAGCUGAUAACUUAUUUGUUUAAAUGGAAUGGAGUCCUACCUCCAUGAUUAGAAAAACUCUGUUUAGAUUUGAAUCAGAAUUUUGCCUUUUUUCUUUUCAAAUUAUUAUAUAUUGUUUUUCCUGAUUAAAUGGGUAUUCUUAAAACAAUUGUGGGUGCUUCAGGAUUUUGUGCUUCUAUGUUUAAAUAUAUUGUUUUUAUAGUAACAUAUGAUUUGGAAUGUGUUUUAUAAAUCUUUAAUAAUUUAUAAAUAGGUAAUAUUUUUGUAUCACAGUGCAUUAACUUUCCUUCUUCUUUCCAAAGUAUACCACUGUAUUUAUCACUUCUUAGAUUGAUUGACGACAGGCCAGAUGACCCCUGAAGUAGUCAUUAUGUAGCAAUAAAUAAAGCCUGAAACAGGUUUUUUAACUUUCAGGUUAAUCCUUAGAAAGUUUUGACAACUCUACAUAUUUUCAUUAACACCAGUGUAUGAAA